ACAGCUUUGUAUCUCUAUCUUUCCUCUGUUACUUUCUCUCUCUCUCUGCCCUUCUCUCUCUCUCUCGCUCUCGCAUAUUCACAGAAGGGAGGUGAAUCGUGCUGUUAAUGGUACAAACCUGCUUUUUGGUGGAGAGAAGAACCUGAUGCCCCUUUUGAUGUGCUGAUAAAUGAAGAAAAAGGCUGUGUUUAUUAGUGGGUUUGUUUGAUCUUAUUGCUGAGUGGUGGGGUUUGGAGCUUGUGAGAGGCCUACUGUUAUGCUGAAGGCUAAGUAUAAGACAAGGCCUAGUUGUGGAGAAAGGAGUUGUUCUUGUGACUGUUGGCAAGACAGCACAAGAAGAGAGAAGCUUAUCAGCAGAUGUUAUCCAUUGAAAACCCUCUACCAGAUCCGGCGUGUCCUUGUGAAAUCUCACAACUGAAAAGUAGUGAUGAGAGGGCUUCUGAUAAGCUUGCGUUGCAAGAGGUAGAUCUGUUCAAGUCAGGCCUCGAUGACCACAACCCACUGCCCAAGUUCUCUAUAAGAGACUAUGUUUUUAGAGUCCGGAGCAAGGAUAUCAAGACGAACUGGCCUUUUACUCAGAAGAAUUUGCAACUUUGUCUGAAUCAUGGCUUGACAGAUUUGUUGCCGCCUUUCCAGCCUCUUGAUCCUGUGAGAAGCCAAUCCACAAAGAGAUGCACAGUGGAAUGUAGGUCACUUGACAAUGAAACUAUAAGCAUUCCCAAUGGUGAACCCUCUAGGCGAAGCAAUAAUCUUGGGUCACAGACUUCCGAUGAUGCUGGACGUAGCCAGAAGCUAGCAGUGGAUUGUGUACAUAUAAAUACAAGUGGAUCUGACGGAGAUAAAGAAUUUCAAUCGAAAGCAACUGUUCAAUCUCCUUCUGAAAUAGACUCAGUUCCCACAAAUAGAAGCCCUUACUUGGAGCUAGAAACUGAUACUUUGUUGGAAUCCUUAGAAGCAAAAGUUGAGCCUGCAGCUCCUCCUGAAUCUCACAAGAUUGAAAGCACAGUUCGACACCCGGUUAAGAAGUGCAGAUUGAUUUUCAAAUUGAGUAGCGUUGCUGAUCCAAGCUCAAAGGAAGAUAGUGCACCUACCAAUCUUAUGGUCUCAGAAACAAUGGCUUCGAAAGUGUGCCCAGUUUGCAAGAAUUUCUCCUCCUCUUCCAACACCACCUUGAAUGCUCACAUCGACCAGUGCCUUUCUGUUGCGUCAAAUGUUAACUGGACCGCGAAUUCUAAGGUGGUUAAGCAUAGAAUAAAACCAAGGAAGACAAGAUUGAUGGUGGAUAUCUAUGCAACUGCCCCAUACUGUACCUUAGAAGAGCUUGAUAGAAGAAACGGAACAAACUGGGCCACAAACUCAAGUUUUCCUGCUCAAGAGAUUGAGUUGUGUGCCGAAGAGGAAGAGCAGAAAGUUUCACCUGUUACUUUUGAGGACACUGAUAAUGAAGAUGGAGUCUACAUUGAUGCUAACGGCACAAAAGUUCGGAUAUUAUCGAAGUUUAGUAACGUGUCACCAGUGUUAAAAUUAGCAGACAAUCCUGGACCUUCAAAACUUUUGAAGGGAGGUAACGGAAGCAAAUUCCUUUCAACCAAGAAGAAAAAGUCACAUAAACAUCGCGAGUUCUUGAAACUUGCUCCUCAAAGUAAAGCAUUCGGGUCUCCCAAGCCUCGUGGUGGUUUUGAGGUUCUUUCUGGUCAGAAAAGAGAUUUUGCUGCAGAGGUCAGACAGGAGAAAAAUGGGCGCUGCACACAGCGCUUUAAGGCUCAAGAACAGCUCGAACUCAAUGAUCCAGGAACUAUUAGACAAUGGGUAGGUUCUAAGCGAAGUUGUCUCACAAAGAAGACCAGUGUUAAAGAUGACCUUCAGCGCUCAAGGUAUAAUGUGACACAGGAAUUGCUUGUUGAAAGUGAUCAAUGUCCUUUAUAUGUGGAGAGAAGCUGUGUUCCGAAAUCCCCAACUGCAUCUGAAAAUCCAGUUUCUUCUCCGUUGAGCAACAAGAAAAUCGAGACGUCGUCAUAUGAACCUCAGACAGAUGAAUAUGAGGAACAGCCUGCUCCAAGAAAGAAAAUUGGGUUUUCCUCUAUGGGGUCUCGGGUACAUGGAGAUGGGAAGACGUCUCUUGUACUACCCAAUCAGACCGUGAAGCAGUUGAGAAAAGAUGGCACCUAUUUGCGUGGUGGUUGCAAGGGUCAUAAAAAACAUACAGGAAAGCAUGGGUCUUCUCCAAGCAACAUGGAAGUUGAGAUGAGUGCAGGUCCACCCAAAAGCUCUGAUAGUUCUAUUUUUGACUUAAAAUUGUCAAACAGUCAUCAUGCACUUUCAUCGAAAGCUAAGAAGUUCUCAUCUUUGAGGAAGAAUCUGUUGUCAGUCAACCAAGCAUCUGUGCCUGAAUGCAAAUCUAAUUUCAAGAGAAAAAGUUCAGCCCCUAAGAAGUCUCUGGUGCAUUGCAUAUCAAAAUUUGAUAAAGAUGUGGUGGCAUGGCAAUCUAAAGUGGACCAACAGCAUGAUUUGAUUCAAAAGAAAACUGAGAAGCGGUCUCUUGGUACAACUGGAGUUCUGAAAAUCAAAAAGAAGAGAAUAGAAGUAAACAUCUCUAGAGAGGAGGAAGCAAUGUCUUUGAAGAGUUCGUCAUUUGCACCCGAGUGUCAUGGUAAUGAUGUGGGUGAAAACAUAGAUUCUUCUGCCAGAGUGAGCAGUGCUUUGGUAGAUACAUCAAAUGAUGUAGAACAUGUUAGAAGUGAGGUUCAAACUCCUGGCAAGGAUGAUGUUACUGAACCAGUAGCCAGCAUGGCCGUCAGAGAAAGUUUUAUGGGUCUGGGCAAAUCUUUACAUCCGGGAUUUCAUGAGCUGGAUAGUCCUGGUGCUCAAUAUGAUUCUCUGCAUGGGAUCGAAGUAUAUAGGGGACGUUUUUGUGGAGCCGAAGCAUCAAUUUGUCCGAAUGAGUCGGGUUUUGGUAAUGGACAUGGGAUGAUUUGUGGGGAUGUAGUUGGUAAUGUUGUGAUUGGCGAGAACACUCAUAUGGAAACAGUAUCGGACUCUAAAGAUGGGGAAGGAAGUUACUUACCUGAGGUUGAUCCAAUUCUUAUUCCUGGGCCGCCUGGAUCCUAUUUGCCUAGUCCUGGGGGUACAGACUCGGAUGAUCUUCAAGGAAAUUCAUCAUUAACCACAAGCAUGGUUCAAUCUUCUGAAGAUAACCAUGAUGUGGUUGAUAGAGAUUCUUCAGAUUCUCCUAUUUCUGAAACAUCAACUGUCUCUAGCUCUGCUGUGGCAAGAUCUGAUUCAAAAUCCUCAGAGCUGUCCGUAGGACAGCAGGCUGUCAAAGACGAGAUCAGGACAAGCUUCUCAGGUGCUAGUGUCGAUCCUAGUAUGGAAAAUUCUAUCCCAUUUCCACAGGCUGUUAACUUAGGAAAGGAAAAAAUCAAUCUAGAGGAUUUGAGAACCAAUGUGCUCUUAAUCGAUAAGGGGCCUCUCAGUUUCAAAUAUGAUCAGCCAUGCUGUUGCUCACGGAAGGAAGCAGCAUCUCAGGGUUUCGCUUUAAAUUAUCAAGAUUCACCACUUUUAAGGCGACGGACCACGGCUUCACUGCCAUUGACUGCCUCCGGCAAGCAAAUGAUUUGUGAUCCAAACACAAGACACAACAGUUUGAACUCGAGGUCUGAAAUGUUUUCACUCAGCAACUACCCAACUUCAGCAACUGAAAAGGUGGCUAUACCUACCUUGAAAUCACCUGCUGGGCAUGUUCCUGUGACAGUUUCUGCUGAUUCUGAGGUAAAGUUCCCAAUUGAUGGUGAUCAUGAUUCUGGCAGUCCAUCUGUUUCAAAUUCUGUUCUCAGGUUGAUGGGGAAGAACUUAAUGGUGGUCAACAAAGAUGGAGAUGCAUCCCCAAAACUUAGACAGUCCCAGUCUCAGAUGAUGAAUGACCACGCAAAGCCACAGUUUUGCUCGGUUUCUGGUGUCCCUCCUUGCAAUGUUCAAAAUAAGGGCUGCAAUCCUGUAAAUCAUGUGGUUUCUCGAAGUUCUUUUGUGUUCAACCAGAAUCAACUUAACACAGCAGUGCAACCUUUUGAUGUUACGUUAUCAAAUAGUUCCAGAAGCCAUGUUGAUUUUAAGACACCACAAACAAAUUCUCGUGCGUCAGAGGCCAUGUUUUCUGUGGAGAAUGUAGCUACCGGUUUUACAGCAUCUUCAGAUGGUCACGACUGCAAAGUUGGACCCACUUUGCCAACUGAACAAAAUAGACCUGAGAACCGACUGGAUCCAUUGGUAUAUAAUGUGGAGAAAAUUGCUGCAACUCCUGCCUCUCAACACCGGAAUGCAAAUUCUACCUCCAAUCCUGCUAAGGAGAUAAUCAUCAUUGAUGAUACUCCUGAAAGCGAAACUGAUUUGGCCUCCGAUGCAAACUUUAAUUCAGGCGUGAUAAACAGUUGGGAGGGUUCUUCAGCUGGCAUGUCCAUCCCAAUGGCCUCCAUAUAUAACUCAAGGCAUGUGAAUCCUUUUUAUGGUUAUCAGCCGCAGUUGUCUUCUCCCUACGGUGGAUCACCAAUGGUGUACAAUGCAGGCUUCCAAAUGUUAAAUUCUGGGGGAGUGAAUGUAGGUCCUGUUCGGUGGAAUUGCACUGCCGAAGGUACACGCAUACCACAUCCGAGUUCUUUAACAGCUUCAUCGUCUUCUACAGGUCAUCGGAAAUCCACAUCCUAUUAUGCUCCAAGAUUUGCAUAAACAACAAGCUUUCCUUGGGAUGGCGAAUUCCUCAACGCAGGUGCAAUACUGGGCUUGGUGGCAAAUUAAGAAAGCCUGCAAAAGUUUGUAAAACGAGUUACUUGGUUUUCUUUCAUAGACUUUCUGUUCAUGGUAACUGAUAGUUUUGGUGGAUUUAAGCAGUUUUAGGCAACGAGAAAGGUUUCUGAAGACUAAUGUGUAAGCAAGCAACCUUGGAAUAAUAAGUUACCUAAGGAAACAUUUUCUUUUUUAAAGAGUUUAUGAAGUUGAGCAUUCAUCUAUAUAUAUCAUCAGUAAUUAGGGCUGAUUUUCACUUGUAGUAUGUACAUUAUUCGCAGUUUCUGCUAUGUUUGUCAUCGAGAUUGCUUGUACAAAAACAAGAUCCAUAGACCGAAGAUGUCCUCUUUUUCUUUUCUAUGCACUUUGUU